CGCACCAUGUAACCCAUGCCUCUGGCGUCGCCUCAACAUUGAGUGUUGUGUCCUGGGUGCAGUUUGUUGCACACCCUGUGCCAUAAAACACCUCAAACACUCUGCAAACUGAAGACAGCAGUCCCAGGUCCCGACAUGUCGAGCUCCGCAUCCAGUGAUCCGGGUCUCACGGUCUCUGAUCCGCAGCACUCGCAGAAGCUGCUCAGAGUUCUCCGGUCGUUCUGGCAAGAGCAAAGCUUCCACGAUGCGGUGCUUGUUGUGGAUGGAGAGGAGCUGCCGGUGCAGAAGAACAUCCUGGCUGCAGCCAGCCCCUACAUCAGAACCAAGCUGAACUACAACCCUCCCAAAGAAGAUGGGUCAACCUAUAGGAUUGAGUUACAGGGAGUCUCCAUGAGCGUCAUGAAACAGAUCCUGGACUACAUCUUCAGCGGGGAGAUCAUCCUGAGCGAAGAAACCAUUCAGGACGUGGUGCAGGCGUCCGACCUGCUCCUCAUGACCGAUCUGAAGUCCCUCUGCUGCCAAUUCCUGGAGAGCUGCAUCACAGCAGAGAACUGUAUCGGCAUCCGCCUCUUCUCGCUGCUUUACAACCUCCAGCACGUCCACUACGUCGCCACUGACUUCCUGCAGACCCACUUCCGUGACGUGGCGCUCACCGAGGAGUUCAGGGAGCUGCCCCACAACCGGCUGUGUGAGGUGCUGAGCAUGGAGAAGCUCAACGUGGGCAACGAGAAGCACGUUCUAGAGGCGGUGGUGCGAUGGUUCAGCCAUGACACGGACAACCGCCGGGUCCACAUGAAGGAAGUGAUGUCGGCCGUGUGGAUGGAGGGGUUGGACCAGAGCUACCUGAGAGAUCAGACCAUGGGAGAGCCUCUCAUGAGGGAGGUGAUCAGGGAGUUCUGUCAGAAGGUUAUGACCGACCGUCCACCACAAGGCGAGGCCAUGCUGACCACCUUCAAACCCAGAGGUUACUCUGAGUGUAUUGUGAUUGUAGGAGGAGAAGAUCGAAGAACCAGGAAGCCCACGGCGUCGACCCGCUGCAUGUGCCCGCUGUACGACACCCACAGGAGGAAGUGGAUCGAACUGAAGGAGAUGAGUGUAGCUCGAGUCGGCCACGGGGUGGUCGCUGCUGAGGGGUUCCUGUUCGUGAUGGGGGGGACAGAUGAAAACAAAACGGUUCUGGACAGUGGAGAGAAAUACGACCCAGACUCCAACUCCUGGAGCCCCAUCCCCCCGAUGCUGCAGCCUCGCCAGAACUUUGGCGUGGUGGAGCUGGACGGGCUGAUCUACGUUCUGGGAGGGGAGAGUGAGGAUGCAGAGCUGACCUCUGUGGAGGUUUUUGACCCACAUUUCAGCACCUGGAAGAUGCAGACAAGCAUGACGAUGAUCCGGAAGGUGGGCUGCUACGCCUCAAUGAACAAGAAGAUCUACGCCAUUGGAGGGGGCUCCUAUGGAAAGCUGUUUGACUCGGUGGAAAGCUUUGAUCCAAAAACCCAGCAGUGGACGGGCCUGUGUCCCCUGAAGGAGAGACGGUUCGGGUCGGUGGCCUGUGGUGUUGGACAGGAGCUCUAUGUGUUCGGCGGUGUCAGAAGCCAGGAGAGCGAGAACCCCACGCAAAGACAGAUGAUGACCUGCAAGUCUGAGUUCUACCAUGAUGAGAUGAGAAGGUGGAUGUUCCUAGAUGACCAGAGUCUGUGCAUCCAAGCCAGCUCAUCUUUUGUCUACGGGGCCGUUCCCAUCGGAGCCAGCAUCUACGUAGUGGGGGACCUGGACACGGGGACGAGCUUUGACUACAUCCGAGAGUUUCGCCGCAGCACGGGGACGUGGCACCGAACCACACCCAUGUUUGGCUCCGACCUCUCCAAAACAGUCUGCGCCAGCCUACGCAUCGCCAACUGUCGCCUGUUUCGCCUCCAGCUGACCCAGGGAAUGUUCGCCAUCAGGCUGUGAGCGACGGCUGCCCCCUGGGGCAUACUGGGAACUCUUCAUGUCAGAUGUCGGGGAUCUUUACUGUUUGACUUGAAAGGACAAAAACUCAUCACGUUCACUGUAAAGCUGUAAAGUUUUUGUAGGAAUUUAUUAAAUAUUUUCUGUUUAACUUGGA